AUGUAUAUUGAAAAGUUAAACUUGAGUUCAGAAAAUGCAAAAAUAACAAGUUUAGAUUUUCAGCCUAAUACUGACUUAAAUAGACUAGCUAUUUCAAGCUUACACCAAAUAAAAAUAUAUAAUAUUCCACAUUAUGAUGUAAAUACAAAAAAUAAGUUAAAAAUUGAUUUGUUAUUUGUAAGUAAUGAUCAUAAUUUAGUUUAUAUUAAUACCAUACGAUGGAGUUAUAAUGGUAAAUUUUUGGCUAGCUGUGAUAGUGGGGGUACAUUAGUUUGUUAUGAACUGGACAUAAAUAAAAAUAAUAUUAAAAAACAUAAUGAAGAUAUAAAAAAUGCUUAUACAAAAUCAACUAAUAACCCAUUUGCACAAACAAAUAAUAAUAAAGAAGAAUGGAAAAUGAGUAAAUGUAUAAAAAUACAUGAAAAUGGUGAAAUUUUUGAUUUAUCAUGGUCACGAGAUAAUGAACAUGUUGUGUGUGGGGUUUCAAACGGAAUAGUAUAUAUAUUUAAUUUAAUAAAAUCAUAUGUAUCUCAUAAACUUUUUGUAAAAGGGACUACUGAAAAUAUAAAAGGGGUUUCCUUUCAUCCAACAAAUAAUUUAAUCAUUGCUCAAAGUAGUGAUAAUAUUAUGUGCAUAUGGAAAAAAGUAAAUAUUUAUUCUGACCAAAAUAGUAUGGAUAUGAUACAUCACCAAAAAGGUUGUUUUGAUAUAAAUGAAAAUAAAAAUCAUCAAACUUAUGAACCUGGAAAUUUAAAAAAUGAUUUUUCAUCUUCACAAGGGAUAAUGGGAAGAGAAUAUUUUGAAUAUGUAUAUGAAGAAAAUAUGAAUAAAAAAUAUAAAAAUAUUGAUACCCCAACUAUUCGUCAUAUUUAUUUUGAUAAUUUUGGCAAAUAUGCAAGUAUUACACACAUACCAAAUAAUGGUAGAAAUUGUGGUAUCUUACUUAAAAUUAAAAAUCAAAAUGAUCAAUAUAUAAAUAAAAAAAAAAUAUAUAUGGAUGGACAUGGAAGUUGUAUGCGAGUUGCCAAAAUAGGCCAAAAAAUAUUUGUAGAUAUGAGAAAAAAAAAAUUAUAUAGUUUAUAUUGUCAAUGUAGUGAUAAUGGUGUAAUAUCGUUAUGGAAAAUUUUUUUAAAGAGAAUAGAAAAACCUUAUAAUUUAAAAAAUAAAAAAAAUGAGAAAAAAAAACGUGAUAAAAUUGCAUUAGAGAAAGCUAAAAUGGGUAGUAAUAAUAACAUAAAUAUAUCUAAAGAAAAAAAAAAUAAAGUAAAUAAAUAUGCACAAUGUUUUUUAAUUCUUCAAAAUUUAUUGGAAGAACAAACAUGUGCUGUUGACUUAAGUUGGUCUGAUAAAGAUAACCAAUUAAUAAUUGGAGGAUCCAAUGGAUCUGUUUAUAUUGUACAAAUUGAUAUUAGCAAAUUAAAUUUAGAACCUUUUUACCAUAAAGAAUUUGUACAAAUAAAUGAAAUAUUUGUUAGACAUAAGAGAGAUGAAAAAAUAAGGAUAGAAGAUGAAAAAUCAAUUAUAAAAAAUAAAGCAAUUCGAGAUAAAAUCGUAGGAGAUAAACUUUUUGAUAAAAUUGUUCAGAGAAGUUUUGAAAAAACUGGAGAUCGAAUCGAUGGAAAAAAAAUUAUAGAAAAUACUGGAGAAAAAAAAGUCAAAAAUAGAUUAACACCAAAAAUCAAAUAUUUAUAUGAUGAAUAUGGAAAUAUAAUUGAAAAUUCGAAAUCACAUGAAGUUAUUCAUAUUUUAAAAUGCACAAUACAUCCCUUAAAUGAUGACAUAAGUAAAUAUUGUGAUUUUUCUUUCUUAUCAUUCAAUAAAAAGGAUAACAUAAAUAUUUUUUCAAGUUACACAAAACACUCAAACUAUUUAACUAACAAAAUGAAACAACAUAAUCUAGAUGACCUCACCAAUCUUCACUUUUUCAAUUUUUCUUCCUUCCUAAAUGAUUUUUUAUAUGUAAUUAUUAGUUAUAUUUAUACUAUUAUUCAAAAUUGUGAUUAUAUUUGGAAUAUUAUAAAAAAAGAAAUAGCACAUACCUUACACACUCAGUCUAGUCCCUUCACUACUCCCCUAAUUCCAAGUUUACUCUUUCAAAGUGUUUUCUAUAAAGAAAAAGAUAUCCUUAAAAAUUUGCUACCAAAUGAAUCUCCCCCAUUCUUUAAAAAUAUCUAUACUUUUUCGAAAUUUAAUGAAAUAUUUCAAGAUGGACAAGCAUAUUUCCGAAGGUGUUCAUAUGACACUGAUGAUGCCAAUAGAGAUACAGGAGGUAAUGGUGGAGAAAGUAAAGAUCGAAAUGGCAAUGAGAAUAGAAAGGGAAAUGAUGGAAAUAAAAAUGGAGAGCCACAAAAUAAUAACAAUGGUAUUGGUGGAAAUGGUGGGGAUGGAGAUGAAGAAAAAAAUCGAAAAGAAAAAAAUUCAAACGAACCCGAUGAAUAUUCAAAUGAAGAUAAUAAAAAUAAUAAAAUACCAAAUAAUAAUAAUAAUACGGAUUGUAAAAAAAUCGAAAAAUUGAAUAACAAUACAAAUAAAAAAGUGAGAAAAAAUAAUAAAAAUAAUAUUGAUAAACAAGGAAAUAACAAAGGGUUAGAAAAUAAUAAUAGUAAAAAAAAAAAUUGUACACUUAUAAAUAAAAACAAGUUAAUUAAUAGUGAAGAUAAUAUAAUUAAAAAUUAUAAUGAAAUCAUAAAUUUACAAAGUUAUGUAAUUUCAUCAAACAAUGAUCAAAUAUUUGCAAACUCAAAUAGCCAAAUUAAUACAAAAAUGAUAGAACUUAUAAAAAACAGUAAAAAAUCUGAAAACAUUAAAGAUAUUAAUGGUGAUAUUUACAAUAUUUAUAAAAAAGAAAAUGAUAAAUAUAGUGAUAUCACUUCAAUUGAUAUGAUUGAUCCUACCAAUUUUAUAAAUAAAAAUUAUGAAGGCACUAAUGAUUUAUCCCAUCAUAUAAAUUCUAUAUCGAUAAAUAUGAGCAAUGAUUCGAGUAAGGUUUUGGAGAAUUUAAAUAAUCUGAGUGAUAAUAAAAUCACAAAGUUUAUUAAAAAUAUAUCUCCUAAUAAAAAAGAAAAGAAAGAAUCAAAAAAAGAAAAAAAAAAAAUGAAAAAACAACAAGAGACACAAAAUUUAGGUGAUGAAAAAACAGAAGGAAAAAAGCAGAAAAAGAGUGAAGGGAAAAAAGAAAAAAAAAAUGAAGGAAAAAAAAAUAGUAAAAAAGAUUCGAAUAAAGUGAUUAAAGGGGGUGUGGAAAUGGGAACCGAAGGUAAAGUUAAAGGAGGAAAAGUGCCUAAAGAGGUUAAGGAACCCAAAAGUACUAAAGCGAGUAAGGGGACCAAGGAUUCAAAUGAGGCAAACAAAUCCACUGAAAUGGUUGCAGAAAAUACACCGAAUCUGCUAACCGAACCGAAUGAAGAAAAUCCUCCAAACGAAAAUAAUGAAAACCCUGAACCAAACGAUCAAAAUGAGCAAACCCAAACAGACACACAAAAUGGUCCAAAUGAAUCAAAUGAAACAAAUGAACCAAAUGAGCCAAACGAACCCAACGAACCUAACGAGCCAAAUGUCCCCAAUGAAUCAAACGAAGCAAAUGAUCCCACUGAACCCAAUGAACCCAACGACCCUAACGACCCUAAUGAGCCAACUGAAGAAAAUAACAGCACCUCGAAAAAGAAGGAAACUAGCAAAAACCAGAAAAGAAAUUCCAACAAAGGAACAAAAAAAAAAUCCGCAAAAAAUAAUAAAAAAGAUGAAAAUGGAAAUAAUUCUGAUAUAGAAUGGGCAAAUUUUAAUCCACAUGCUGAAUUAUUUUGUCCAAUUAUAAGAAAAGAAGAUAAUGGAGAAGAAGUAGGAUAUAUGACAUAUAGUUCACCUGUUAAAUUUGGGAAAGAAACUAAUGAUUCAAAUGAUGUUAAUAAACAAAAUAAAAAUAAAAAAAGAAAAAGUGUAGAUAAUAUAAAUAAGAAAAAAAGUAAAAACAGUAAUGAUUUCUUAUCAUUUAAUGAUACAAAUGAAAAUGGUGAUAAUGAAUGUUUAGAUAAAAUUAUGAAAUAUAAUAAAUAUGAAGAAGAAGGAGAAAAACGAAAUAACAAAAUAAAAAAUGAAAAUAGUUUCUUUAAAGCUGAAGAAACAUUUGAUAAUACAAAAAAUAAAAAUAAAGAAUUUAAUAAAAAAAAUAUAAUUAAAGGAAGUAACGAAAUUGAUAAAGAAUAUGGUGAAGAAGAUGAUGAUACUAUGGAAAAUGGUUUAAAAAAAAAUAAUAAAAGAAUGCAUGAAAAUAUGUAUAGUUCAAAUAGUGUAAUUGACAAACAAAAUUAUAAUUUAAAAAAUACACAUAAUAAUUUGAAUUUUUCAAAUAAAUAUACAGGAGAAAAAUUCAUGAAGCGUGAACUAAAAAAUAGCAACCUCAAUAAUAGCACAAGUAAUACAUUUGGAAGAAAUGAUUACCCUAAUGAGUUUGAAGCAUUCGAACUAGGAAAAAAAAAAAAUAAUGUAUAUUUAGAUAAUUAUGAACUAUCACAAAGAAAUUUAAAUAACAAAACAAGCCCUGAUUAUUAUAAUCAUAACUCCCAUUCCCAUUUAGAUAAAUAUUCUUCAGUAGAAAAUGGCCAAGAUGAGACUAACAAUUAUCACACAAAAAAAUUCAGAUCAAAUGAAAAUGAAAACUAUAAACAUUAUCAAUCUUAUUUAAAACGAGAAUAUAAUACAAAUUUAAAUUUAAUUGAUAUUAAAAAAGAGGAGUUUGAAGAUGGAAGUAGUAUGUAUAGUCAAGAAGAAUAUAAUGAUCCAAUGGAAAGAUAUGGAUAUAAUUCCAACGAAUUUGAUAAAUAUAAGGAAAUGAAUUUUAAAAAUAAAAAAAGAAAAGCUUAUAAUAAAAUGAUAAAUGGAAAUAUGGACAAUUUUGAAAUAAAUAAUAUGUAUGGAUCAAAUAAUAUCGAUUUUAUACGUACUAAGAAAUAUAAUGAUAAAAUGAAUUAUAUUUCAAAAGGUUAUAAUAAAAGAAAUAAUAAAAAAAUCAGAAUAAAAAAUAAUGAAGAUAUUGAAACAGUUUAUGAAAGCAAUCAAUAUAUUUUGGACGAUAUGUACAGCAAUGAUGAUAUUAUAUAUAGCAAUCAUGGAGAGAAAAAAAAACAAAUGAAAAAUAUACACAUUAAUAAUGAUGUUCAAUAUGAAAAAUACAAAAAUAAAGUAAUAGUUUUUGAUAAUCGAAAAGAAAAUUGUUUAAUUUGUUGUAUGUGUAAUAAUAAUAAUAAUUUAGGAGGAAAAAAAAAUUAUUAUUUAUUAUGGGAAGAUGAAAUAUCAGGAAAAAAUAUUAAAUACACAAUUAAUGAUAAUUAUAUAUUUAUAAUAAGUUAUAAGUUCAAUAUUUUUCUACUUAAUAUUUUUAGCAUAAAUAGUAAAUUACUUAUUCAUGAUUAUGUAUUACCAGUUAAAUAUAUAGCCGAUUUUGUUAUAAUUAAAAGUUUUAACAUUGAUGGAAAUAUUUACACAUUUUUUUAUAUGCAUGAUAAAAAAUAUUAUUAUAUUUAUCAGUUGUUAAAUUAUUCAAGUCUUUUCUUGUUAUAUUCAUUUGAAAUAUCAAUGCUCAACUCCCAUGUUGAAUCCAUAAAUAUCAACAUUGUGGAAAAGUUACAAAACGAAGGUAUCUUAAGCAAAAGUUCUAAGAAAUGUUUUAAAAAAUACAAAAAACUCCUUAAAAAUAGAAACAAAAAAGGUUCUAUCAAUGGAGAGGAGAUAAAAGAAAAUAGGGAAGCAGACGAAAUCAGCAAAAUGGAAAAUGAUAAACCUACUAACAGUGAAACAGAAGAACAAAUAAAAGUAACAGUAAUAAAUAAAAAACAAAAAGAAAAAAAUGAAAAAGAUAAAGAGAGGGAACUAUCUUUGAAGGAACUAAUACAUAGUAUUACAUUUUAUGAAAAAUUAAAAAUUGGAAAUAAAUUAAAUAUAAAACAACAUAAAAAAUGUAAUGGUUUUUUUUCAAAAAAAUCAAUAAAAAAAGGAAAGCAUCAAUGCAGUAUGUCCUAUUUCAAUCCAAGAUGUUCCAAUAAAUUAUUAACUCGCAUACCAAAUAAAAUACAAAAUUGUUCAAGUCAAAAAAUAAAAAAAAAAGAUACUAUAAACAAAGAGAAAAAAGAAAGAAAAAAAAACUAUUUUGAUAUUUUUUCAAAUAAUAUACAUGGAAACGAUUUAUUAUAUGAUUAUAUAUAUAGGAAAGAAAAUUUUUAUUAUAGCUAUAUGUGUAUAUAUAUUUUUUUAAAAAAUGGAAUGAUAUAUCUCUUACGAAGGAAUCUAAUGAAAACAGAAGUAACAAAUGAAAAUCAUCUUCCUGAUACAUAUCCAUCUGAGAUAAUAUCAAUGAGACCACAUAUGUUUGAACAAAAUGGUGUAACUUUAAUAUCUCGAUUGGAUAAUACUUAUUACAAUAAAUCAUUAUAUUGUGAUAUAGAUCUUUUAUAUAAUAGUAAGGAUGAUUAUUCAGAAGGAAUACAUAAUAAAGCAAUUUUAGGAACUACUAAUACAUUAAAUAGAUGUUUAGCAAAUGAAUAUUUCAAUAAAAGUAAAAAUUUAAUUAUGUUCGAUGACUUAAUGUAUAUACAACAAAAAGGAAUGAAAAACUUUUCAUCACAAAAUAAAAUAUUUAAUAUAUAUGAUUUUGAUAUUAGCAAAUUACUGGAAUCGGAAGAAGCUAUUGAAGAACAUGAAAAUGUAGGACAUUACUUUGAGACCGAUGUAAAGGAAGAAAAAGUUAAUACCGAUGAUGAUUAUAAAAUAGAAAAUAACUUCGUUACACAAAAUGAGCAUAUUAAAAAAGAGUUAAACAAAGUAAGUGACGAUUUUCUUCAUGCUAUGAAUAUUUCAGAAGCAUUCAAAAAAAAUGAAAAUAAUUCAACUUCCCAUAUAGAUAGAAAUCUUUAUAUAAAAACUAUAAAAUAUUUAGAGAAUCAAAUGAAAUAUAGUAUAUUAAUUAUGAACAAAAUAUCAUUUUUAAAUUAUUUAUAUGCUUAUUUUAGCUUUUUAGUAGAAUAUUUAGAUAUUACAAGGAUUCAACAAAACUUUCAAUAUUUUAUGAAAAUAACUUUAUAUCAUUUAAAAAAAUAUAUUUCAAAUUUUGUAUUUUUCAAUAUUGAUCAAGAUACAAAUCAUGAACCAUAUUGGCCCAUUCCAUACAAAUGA